AUGGCUCAGGUUGUCGGCACCGGAUCUGUGCACAGCACUUCCCUUUUGUCGUGCCCGCGCUCCGGAUCUGGAAUGCGGGAAGAUUGCCUCCGUAAGUUCCUCAAGCCGGCGCCUUUCUGCACCAGGGUCCUUCCCAGGAAAGGGCAGAGGGGUGGCGGUUCACAUGCUCCAGUCGUGGCCGUGCUGAAGAAGAUGACUCGAGUGGAUAUGGAGGUUCUUCCGGUAUCCCCGGAGGAUGUGAGGGUGGUAUGAAUAUUUCUCGUUUCUUGACCCAGCCUGGGAUUUCGACAAUGCAGAUGUUUACGUUGAAUCUUGAAAUCUAUCUGCGUUUUCUCCAUUAACAUCAUGCUGUGCUGAUUUUUCGCCAACGUCGGACUUCACCAUAUUUUCUACUCUAUGCCGGUGAUUAUGUUGCGUAUUUAUUGUGUUUUUCUGUUUAUCAGGAGGAGGAGAAAUUUCAGCAUCUCAAGGGCAUUCAGCAGCUAAGUGAUGCGUCACCAGGGAUGUGGAGUAAACCGUGUGUGAGGCGCAAGACCAAGAUUGUUUGCACCAUUGGCCCCUCUACUAACACGCGUGAAAUGAUCUGGAAGCUAGCAGAGGCUGGCAUGAAUGUCGCCAGAAUGAAUAUGUCUCAUGGCGACCAUGCUUCUCAUCAAAAAGUCAUCGAUCUAGUCAAGGAAUACAAUGCCCAGUCAAAAGACAAUGUGAUUGCUAUAAUGCUUGAUACCAAGGCAGGUUUUCUCUUCAAACUCAUUCCUUUACCUACGUUCUUAGUCUAGAGUUUGAACAAUAAGUUAUGUGGUAUCAACUUGGGGGAGCUUACGCUAUUAUUACCCAGAGUAGAAGUCUCAUGCCCUGGUUUACUGAAAAUAUAUUUCUCCCUGGUGAUGUAAUGGUACUUCUGAUAUGAAUUCAGUUCACUCUGAAGGAAAUGAGAAGGUGGAUAUGAACUGCUUCUCUGUGCUUAUAGUUGUGGUAUUUUGUGAGAUAGGGUGUUCGAUUCUAUAUCUCAAUUUUUUUUAUGCAGAGUAAAAAAGUGAAAAAAAGGAGCUUGGGGAUUGUCAAUUGGUUCUUCGUGGAGAUGAUUUCAUCAAGUCUCAAUGUAUUUUAGGGCACCUUUUCUUAGGCUGAUUUGACUAGAGUUUUGGAAGUAGCUUUGAUGAGAUGGUGCUUCAUCUUGGUUGGAGGGAGGGUACCUUGUAAAUUUAUUGCCAUUCAUUCAAUUCUUUUGAUAGUUGACUUUUUCUCAAAUUUCCUGAUACUUUUCAUGUUUCUUAUCAGGGCCCUGAGGUUAGGAGUGGUGACUUGCCACAGCCAAUCAAUCUAACGACAGGCCAAGAAUUCUCUUUUACAAUAAAGAGGGGUGUUAGCACUGAGAACAGUGUCAGUGUGAAUUAUGAUGACUUUGUUAACGAUGUAGAAGUUGGUGACAUGCUGUUGGUGGACGGUAUGCCAUAGUCAUGAAAAUGCGUUUGGAAUCUUUUUCUUUUUUUUAAAUUUUUUUCUAUUUGGAUAUGCUUUUCAAACCGAAAUGCCAUUUUGUUUCUCAGGAGGAAUGAUGUCCUUAGUGGUGAAAUCAAAGACAGAUGAUUCUGUCACAUGUGAGGUUGUUGACGGGGGUGAGUUGAAGUCGAGACGACAUCUAAAUGUCCGAGGAAAAAGUGCUACUCUCCCGUCCAUUACAGGUUCUCAAUCCACACUUUACUUUCUGAUGUUUGCUUCUCUCAUUUCCUAAGCACUGCACAAUUUUUUCUAUUUCUCUAUGUUUAAAGAGAAUGCAAACUUCUUAUUUUACCUAAAAUUUCAACAAAUUUCAAGGUGGUCCCUGCAUAAUGUUCAAUGUGUCUCCUACGUGAAGAGGUCUCCUGGAUGCCCAAGGGGUUUAGUCUACCUAGACGAUUGUCAGCUUUCACAUUUGCAUGAGAUGCGUUCGUGUUUGCAUUCACACCAUAUCCGUUCACAAAUGACCUCUCGAAUGAACGAGGACAACAUUCCACCGAUUAGUGGGUUUAAUUCCUGAAUAUAUCAUUGCACCAGUGAAUAGUCAUUAAUGCAUAUUUUUGUAAAAAAAAUCUGCGAAUAUUUAUAUUAUGGCUUAAAACAUUGUGCGCUUAUAUAAAUUUUAUUAUCAUUCUAUUAGAAAGGAUACCCUUGCUUUAUUGCAUUGGCCUUAACCUGUUAGAUUAUUAUCUUGGCCAUGUAAAAAACCUUGUUUCACUGUUGUUUCAAUAUCUUAAGGUAUCUUCAACAUAUGGUUGAUAAACCUGGUCGAUGGCAUAAGAACUGUUAUUGAUUGUUUGACUGAUUUCUUCAUCCGUUAGUCUUGGAGAGGCUUUCUAUGAAUGUACGGUAAUAUUUUGUUAUAUUUGUUGCAGAGAAGGACUGGGACGACAUCAAAUUCGGUGUGGAAAACAAGGUGGAUUUUUAUGCUGUUUCAUUUGUGAAGGAUGCGAAAGUUGUGCACGAGUUGAAGGAUUAUCUUCGAAGUAGUAACAUUUUAUAUUUUUCAUAAGAAAAACAGAUUUUUUAUUACCUGCUAUAUUGGUUGAUAUCCAUGUCCAUUGUUUUUUUUUCCCCUCAGGUUGUGAUGCUGAUAUCCAUGUCAUUGUCAAAAUUGAAAGUGCAGACUCUAUUCCAAAUCUGCAUUCUAUUAUUUCUGCAUCUGAUGGGGUAAUCAUCUGAAUGUUCUAAUCAUGCCCUUCAACAUCAAAAUCAAUUAGUUAUAUCCAUCGAAAUGGUUAUUCUUACCGUCCUGACACAUUUACACUUUAAUAAUGUCCUUUGUAUGUCUAGCUUCUAAAAGAAAUAAAACAAUGAUCCUUUUCCCACUCUAAGCCCAUCAUUCUUGACUCUACUUAACCGGAGAAGACCUUUUUAAGGACAUUCAGUGAUUUUUUUAAGAACUAUUGUCCAUUACUGUUUUAUUUUUUAAUUUCACAGGCUAUGGUAGCUAGGGGCGACCUUGGAGCUGAACUCCCGAUCGAGGAAGUUCCACUGUUGCAGGUAAUUGUUCCCAGUUGUGCACCACUACUUUCUAGAGUUGUAUCAUGUACAAUCUCCCAGUCUUGUACCAUAAUUUAGAUGGUUUUUUUCAUGCUUCAAAAAUUGGGGAUUCAGCUCAUUCGUUUUUCUCAUCACCCACUAAGGUAGUGGCGCAAUUUUGAGGCACCGUCAUUCUUUUUAACUUGUCGAUCAAGUUCACUUAAAUUUUGAAUAGAAUUCACAUUUGAUUCAGGUUGCGUAACACAGAUCAAUGACUGACCCUGGUACCCAUACUGUUUGGUUAGUCCCUUUUAUUAGUUGCUCUGCGAUAUGUAUAUGUUAUAUUCUCUUGGACAACUAUCGUUCAAUGAUGGAAUUCAUCUCAAUAGUAGAGAAAUCUGAUAUUGCUUCAUUAUAUUCUGGGUUCUAAUCAGUUCAUCAUGUCAUGAGACUUGACAGCUCAUCCAGAAUGAAAUAAAGCAUUUUGAUGUGAAUAUCACUUUCUAUGAAACGGGUAACAAAACUUGGCCUGCAAGGAUAGGCAUUUUUUUUUAUAGAUUUAUAUUAAAGAAGAUCAUCUACUAAGCAUCACCGUAUUGUAGCUAGGUGGUACAUUGCUCUGAAAUUCCUCCUCAAAUGCUCCUAGGUUAUCACCUGGAUAUUUAUUUUUUUCAUGAUGCGGUUGGGCCAUCCCUGUGUAGAAACAAAAUCUUCCUUUUAGUUGGCUAUUCUAUCUGAAGCUUGAUUCCUCUGUCUUGAAUGAACAGUCAACCAAUUUGUUGGAUGCUGUAAUUCGGUUUUUCUGUCAACAUAUCUUAUUCAGAGCUUCCUAUCAUUCUGCGGAUUGAGUUUCUUGUUUGUUGGGUCUUAACCAGAUUCUUUCAAUAAUCUUUGUCAACCUGCAGGAAGAGAUUAUCAGAACCUGCCGUAGUAUGGGGAAAACUGUUAUUGUAGCCACAAAUAUGUUAGAGAGCAUGAUCGUUCAUCCUACACCAACCCGGGCAGAGGUCUCGGAUAUUGCUAUCGCAGUUCGUGAGGGUGCUGAUGCAGUGAUGCUUUCUGGAGAAACUGCUCACGGAAAGUACGGUUUGACUUUUCUUGCAGAGUCCUGAAUCAAUUCGUUCGUUUUGAAUUUUUUUUAAAAAUAAUAUCGGUCCAUCCAGGGAUACAACACCCACUUGGAACUUUUUCAUGUCUUAUUCAUAAUUUCUUUCUAAUCACAGCAGGACUUACAACAGCAAAGUUCUAUGCACACUGAUGAACAGCUUUUUGAAAUAAGUUAGCUUUCCAAUUAUUAUUAUUAUUAUUUUACUUCCCCAUCCUUUUCCGGCCUUUUACCUUGUUCAUUCCCAUGAUGGAGGCCGCUUAAUAGUUUUCUUUAAUCAAACUGUGAGGUCAGUUGGCAUGAUCGGUUGGGAUCAUCCUCCUGAAUCAACACUAUUAUUAAUUUACCUUGGAGGAUAUGAAUCAGAGUUCUUUUCAUUCUUUGAAGAUUACUAUCGAAUUAACCUGUCAUAGAAUCAAUGAUACUUCCCAGAAAGGUGUUCUUAUGUACAUGGUAAUAGGCCGUCUAUAGAGUAUUCCCUUUCUUGGAACAUAACAAGACAGCUUUUUCUAAUUAUAGAUUCUAACUUAUAAUGGAUGUUUUUAUAUGCUCCACCUUCCUUGUCCCAAUUGACUUUAAGCUAUAAAUCCUCUGAUUAUUCAGAAACUUUAUAGCUCAUUGUACUUGUUCAUAUCGAUUUUAAGAUCAAUAUCAAUUUCUGGUGGAGGACAGAGAAGACAGCCAAUGGCAAACAUUUUCUCCAUUUCUCUGUUAACUUUACUCUCAAAUUUCAUUGCAUUUAUUGAUACAAUGGUCAUGAUCAUACUGCAUAGCCAUUGCAUUCCAAAGAAAAAAUUUAUUCACCAUUUUUCUCAUUCUGCAAACCAACUAAGAACGGUUUCCCUGAUGCUUUGCAGGUUUCCAUUGAAAGCUGUAAAAGUCAUGCAUACGGUUGCAUUAAGGACUGAAGCAACGAUUGCAGGAGGAGAGAAACCAGUGAAUCUCGGCCAGGCAUUCAAGGUUGCUAUUAUGAUCUCUCUCUCUCUCUCUCUCUCUGUGCUUGUAUCAUUCUGGCCCUGUUUUGGCCUUGACUCCUUUUGGACUGCACCCAUUUCUGCAGAACCACACGAGCGAAAUGUUUGCUUUUCAUGCGACAAUGAUGUCCAACACGCUUGGCACAUCGAUUGUUGUCUUCACGAGGACUGGUUUCAUGGCUAUCUUACUGAGCCAUUAUCGGCCUUCCGGCACCAUCUUUGCCUUCACCAAUGAGUCAGUGCUCAAUCCCUGCGACAUAAACCUUCUUUCUUUUCCUUUUUCUUUCUUCUCCCACCCCUGCUCAGAAUGACCUAAUCGCCUGCAUCGAUGCCCUUGCAGGGAGAGAGUGAGACAGAGAUUGGCUCUCUACCAAGGGGUGUGCCCAAUCUACAUGGAGUUCUUGGAGGAUGCAGAGGAGUCCUUUUCUGCGGCUUUAGCCUACUUGAAGGUAAUCCUUGGUUAUGCAUAUAUUUUUGGCGUUGAAUACAAAGGUCUGCUUAUCUAGGUUCGGCAUUUAUAGAAAUAUAUGACUGAUUGGACCAGCCAGACAGGAGAUGUUUGACCUUGAGAGCUGGCCAGUCUUGAUCAGAUUGUCCCAUUCUACCCCGAUACAUAGUACAUGAUAAAUCACUCUAAAGUCAAACGUUUCGGGGUAUACCCAUCAUAGAUAGAUAGAUGUUUUCUUUCGGAUGAUCAUUAGAAACUGAACCCGUUGACUUUUCUCUGUUAAAAAUCCUGCGCUUGAUGGGGCCGCACCCGUAUUUUUCCUCAGACGCCGCAGCAUAUGUUAAGACUUCAACGUUCUGUCUAUUUAUGGGUUGUUUAUGCUUGUCAGAAACACGGCAUGGUCAACGAAGGUGAGGAGGUCGCCCUUGUUCAGAGCGGCAGGCAGCCCAUCUGGCGGAUCCAGUCAACGCACAACAUCCACGUCAGGAAGGUCUAG